AUGCAAAUUACAUCCCCGAUAUAUAUUGCUGGUGCCGCGCCCAACACGGAAAUUGCAUAUAAUGUGCUUCUGGAUAUACUACUCGACGCCCUACCGCUUUUCGUCAAUCUCCAAUCGCUAUCGUUCAUGUUCGUGGACCUCAGCCAAUUCCAGGUAUUGAAACUGUGCGCGCUACGAAGCCUUGGGAACCUUUUCUAG